AUGUCGUGCGUCCACUAUAAGUUCUCCUCCCAGCUGAACUAUGCCACGGUCACCUUCAAUGGCCUCCACAUCUCCCUGUGCGACCUCAAGCGCCAGAUCAUGGGCCGCGAGAAGCUGAAGGCGGCCAACUGCGACCUGCAGAUCACCAACGCCCAGAGCAAAGAAGAAUACACCGAUGAUCGGGCCCUGAUUCCUAAGAACUCCUCAGUAAUCGUUAGAAGAAUCCCUGCGGGAGGAGUUAAAGCUACCAGCAAAACCUGUGUUCUAAGUCGAACUGCGCCAGCGAGCGGAACACCAAAAGCAGUAUGUAAAAACACAAUCUCAGGCUUUUUCCUACACACUGCACUUCACUCUAAACAAU